CAUGGCAUUUGCUGGGAUGUUGAGUGAAGAGGACGUCAAAGCUGCAGUCCAAGCUUGUCAAGCUCCAGGCACAUUUGACUUCAAGUUGUUCUUUGCACGAGUGGGACUUACUGGCUUGUCUGAGGCAGACAGGAAGAAAGUGUUUACUGUCCUGGACCAAGACAAGAGCGGAUUCAUUGAGGAAGAGGAGCUGAAAUUGUUCCUGCAGAACUUCUGUCCAGCUGCCAGAGAGCUCUCAGUGACCGAAACGAAGGCUUUGAUGGCAGCAGGGGAUAAAGACAGCGAUGGCAAAAUUGGGAUAGAAGAGUUCUGUGAUCUUUUGAACUGAAGAUGAAAAUACUCAAAGCAUAAAUUUGGAAUUCUUCACUCUUCAUUGGCUGAUGAAAAGAAGGACUAAAUUCUGUACCUGC